AUGAUUGAAGAAUAUGUAAAAUCAAAGAAUUUCUUGAAAAAGAAUGCACCUUUGAUUAUAAGAUUGCUUGAAUCUAAAUACAGUUAUGUAUAUAUAGAUGAAAUUAAUUCAAUAGUAAAACAAUUAAAUAUUAAUUUUAAGAAAAAACAAAUCAAUAGUGAAGAAAAUUUAGAUAAAGAAAAUUAUAUUAAAGAUUUUAAAAAGUAUAUUCGUACUACAUAUGGCGAUAUGUUUAAAAAAUUUGGCAAAUUGAUAGUUAAAAAAAUUAAAGGUGGUGAUAAAGUUAAAGAUAAUCUACUGUCUUUAUUAUAUUUACCCAGGUAUUGUAUUGAUGAAUUUUUAGUCUCGUUAAAGGAAAAUCAAUGUGAUAUUAGUUUUUCUAAUUAUGAAUCUCUUUUAGAAAUUUAUAUGGAUUUUUUGUCAAUGUAUGAAUUUUAUAAAGACGUAAUUAGUUCCUAUGAAAAGUUAAGAUUUCUUAUUGGUCCAAUAAUUAAAGUUAAAAAGAGAAUGUUAAACUAA